AUGUCAUUGUCGAAUGAAUCUUGGAGAAGAUUGUUCAUCAUAUGCAACUGUAGUUUCGUAAUAUUUAGCAUAGUUGUGUUGGCAAUCAGCAUCGGUCCGCAGGUCACUCUGAAUGGACUCAGUGCAAUUUUAAAUAAUGCCAAACCAUUGGUCUUCCUGAUUGCUAGUAUUGCAGGAGGACUUGGUGUAUUGGCAUCAUGUGUUGGUGUUUGUGGAUACUUGAAACAACACAGAAUGAUCGUAUAUGUGAAUAUUUUUCUUCUGUGUUUGGUGACACUGAUGGAGAUCGGUGUAGCUGUGAACGUGGCUACGACGGAAGACAAGUUUUACGAGUUAGCUCGUGAAUCUCUGAAUGUCACCGUCAGAUUUUACACUACGAAAAUUGAAUAUCAGAUGGAGUUUGACAAAUUACAAACGGAAUUUCAAUGUUGUGGUGCUUAUUCCGGAAUGGACUAUAAAAAGGUGAUGAGGACGUCAAACACAAUUCCAAAAUCAUGCGAUGAAAAAAAUUGGAACAGCCAGAAAGGAUGUAUAACAAUGUUAAACGACUUUGUACGAAGUUGUCUAAAAAGAUUAAUUGGCACUCAACUAUUCAUCAUUAAUCCAGCUUUAGGCGAUCGUGUUCGUGUAGCACAUACUGAAACAAGUCUAUUAAAAUGGUGGUCAGAUAUGAAUGCCAAUAUAGCCAAUAUAUCUGUACAGAUAUCAGAUAACAAGAAUGAAGAUAAUAAUGAAACUGAUGAACCUAUGCCAAGUAAACAAUCACGUCUAGAUAAUGAACUAAUGAAUAACGAUGAUGAACAACAGACAGAGAUUGAAAUGAAAACACUAGCUAAAUGGACUAUUAAAAUACCAUCGUCAUCACAGACAAUGAAUAAAAUGGCUAAAUCUAAAACAUUUGAACGUCAUCGCAUCAUCAUCAAUGUGACUGAUCCUAUUAUUAGUUUAGAUUGGCAUCCAAAAGGUGAUUAUCUAUUGACAUUAUCACGUCCAAUUCUCGCAUCACAUAUUCGUUCACGAUCAGCUAAACGACUACUGUUGCAUCGUUUAUCAAAAAUGUCUAGUCAAACACCAUUCACUGAUACAGGUAAACCAAUUGAAUGGAAACAAGCAGGAUUUCAUCCAACUGGUAAACCACAUUUAUUCAUUGCUAGUCCACGUGCAAUACGUAUAUAUGAUUUGAUGGAACAAAAAGAAUUACGUUGUUUACGUUUAGAAAGUUCAUCGAACAUUAUUAGUUGUAUGGCAAUUCAUCCAUCAGGAGAUCAUUUAGUUGUUGGCAGUUACGAUAGUCGUUUCAAUUGGUUCGAUAUUGAACUGGGUAAUGUUCCAUUCAAAAAGUUACAACUUAAUCAUGGUGCUGUUCGACAAUUAGCAAUUCAUCAUCGACGUCCACUAGUUUCGGUGGCAUUAAGUGAUGGUACCAUACUUAUUAUUCAUGGGAAAGUAAUUGAUGAUUUAUUAUCAAAACCAAUUAUUAUACCAGUUCAAUUAAUACGUACAGGACAACCAAUGAAUCAAUCGAAUGUAUUCUCUACCGUAUUUCAUCCAUGUCAACCUUAUGUAUAUAGUGGUGGUGAAGAUGGUAGUAUUAAACAAUUUGUUGCAUGGAAAUAACUAACCAACUAACCAUUCAUUCACACUAGGAGAACUUUGAUCAAGAUUGCCAAUUCACUUUGUAAUUAUUUUUAUUGUUUUUUUGCGGAUUCUAAUUGGUAAAUUUUUUUGCUCUCCACUUUUCCUCUCUCUGUGUGUAUGCAUGUGUGUAUAUAUACAUGUUAUUGAGAAAUAUAUAUAUAUAUAU